CAUAGAGACAGCAAGGAGGAUUUGGUUUCAAGAGGUGAAGAGAAGCUGGGAAGUAGGAAGGAGGAAGCAGUUUUUGCUGCAGGUCUAAGAAAGAGCAGGCUGGCAUGGAGAAAGAGAAGUUCCAGCAGAAGGCUCUGAAGCAAACUAAGCAGAAGAAAUCCAAGUCGGCUGAAUUUCUGAUGGUAAAAGAAGAGAGAGCAGCAACAGAAGGCAUUGAAAAUCCAGCUUUUAACAUCAGCAGCACAGAUCUUUCAGCAUAUCAGACUUCAGAAGAGAAAGUUAUUAGACAUGACAAGCCAGAUAGCACCCUUGCAGCUCACCAACAAAAACUCAGGCUGCAAGCCCAUGCUGAACCAAGAGGAAAUGAAUACAGCAGAAAUUACUUUGACCCGUUGAUGGGUGAGGAAAUAAACCCAAGGCAGUGUGGGAUGGAGGUCAGUGAGGAAGAUCCUGUGAAAUUUGAUGAGAAAAUCCUUUACUCUAAACUGAUGAAGCUUCUAGAUGAAGAAAACAAGAUGCUGGACUUCCAAGCCUGUGUCGUCAGUGAAGAUUUUCCGGACCCUGUAAUACCUGUCAGCUCCAGUAAGGCAUGCGACCUUCGCAGGGAGCUUGAAGAUGAAGAGAUUCCUUCAUAUAUCGAACAGUUUGAGAGAGAUGUUCAGAAUGACAUAAUUCUGCUUGGCAGCUUUUCACUGGAGCAGGGAGCUUCUCACCACAAGAAGCAAAAGUGGAGAGCCAGGAUUCAUGAACUCUUUCAAAGAGUGGGAAGUCAGCUACUGAAAAAAGAGCAGAGUGGAAUUGAAGAAAAAGUGGCAGCCAGUGUUGGUAACCUUAGAGAUGUGAAUACUGGAUUAAAUGGAGCAGCAGGACCUUGUGGGAAGGUUGACUGCUCCAAGAUGCCACAGCCACUAGAAAUUCACAUCAGAUGCCUGAGGGGAGUCAAAGAUAAGGUCCCUAAAGGCCUCUACACUCUCAAAGUUUCUGUUCUCAGCUGCUUAGGUGGUGCUGUGGUGGAGUGGUCUGAACUGGAGGAGCAGCCUCAGGCCAGGACAACACGGCCUGUUAGUCACGGUGGAAACUUCUACAACACUGAAAUCUACUUUGGACAAAGUAUCCAGACAGUUCUACCAUAUAGAAAAGCUGUGAAACCAGGCAUGGUACUCCUCUUUGAACUCUUCCUUCUUCGUGGCACCUAUACCUGGAUUGAUCGGGAAGUGGGAUGGGGAGCUUUUCCCUUAUGUGAUAACAAUUUUAAUGCUUUUGAAGGAAAAUUUAAAUGUCCCUUCCUCAGAGGACAUUAUGACUCCAAAAUUGACCGAUUCAAAAAAAUUGAAAAUUUUAUUUCUCAGGACUUGGACCACUGGUUAUGCAAUCUCUACUUUCAGAUAAUUAAACUACCACAGGAUUCAGAUAAGCAAAAUAAGUGUGGUAUGCAUGUUCAUCUGCCACCCGAACUUCUUAUGUUUUCAAGCGCUGCUGAAAAGAAUGGUGUCUCAGAAAAGGCUGUACAGUCUGGAUCACAAGGGCAACCUCUGACCUCCCCGAAAGAUCCUGACACCCAUAAGGGAAGUAUUCCCACUGUUGUAAAGGAAGUGGAAAAGCAGUUUAAUGCUGCGAAAGGAGGAGAAGCGUGUGUGUCAGAAGAAGCUGUGAGGAAAAGAGAAGAGCUUAAAAUGCUUCCAGCAGAGGAUUACCAAGUUUGGCAUGGCAAUGCAGACAAGCAGUGUGGCUUGUUUCAGCUGAAGGAAGUCCAAGAAGGACAUCACAAGGUCAGCUGGAAUAACCCACCUCACCAAUGUUGUGGAGAAAAAUCAGGCCCCAAGAACAAUGCAAGCCAAGAAGAAGGGAAAACAUCUGCAGAGAGCAAUUUAUUUUUGGAAGACUUGGAGAAAUAUACCUUUUCUGUGUGGUAAGUGAUCUCAGCAUCAAACAGUUUCACAAACCAAAAGUUUGCCUUGCUUGUAUUACAGAGGCAUCUACCUUUAGAUGAAAGUUAUUGGGCUAAAACCUCCCCACCCCCCCAAAA